UGCUGGAUUUCGUGACGUCACGUGGACCAUUUCCGAACACACUGGCGGGAGUGCGAAUGUUAUCCUCUAGCUACAAAAUAACCCCAAACUACAAAACAAAUAACCUGCCAAAGCAAGCUUUUGUUUAAUUUAUUUUGAAAACGAAUCUAACGCCAAGCAGGUGUUAUAUUGCAAGCAGUUGAAUUUGACAAAGUUUGCAGGAGAGAAGACGGUAACAACCAUCAGAAGACGCCACACACGUAUCUUUAGUCAAAGAGACUGAAUUGUUAACGUUAGCUGCUUUAUUAUUUUCCGUCCUGCCUUUAUCUGCAACGUCAAGGGAGAUAAACGAGCUAAAUUCGGUACAUUUUCUAAUUAUUCGUCAGCUACGCUUUCCAGACUACUGAAAACAAAUGGCUAAAGUUCAAGUGUUGAAUGUCGCUGUGUUGGACAACCCAAGUCCUUUUGGGAACCCGUUUCAGUUCGAGAUUACGUUCGAAUGCAUGGAGGAUUUACCGGAGGACCUGGAGUGGAAGAUCAUCUAUGUGGGCUCAGCAGAGAGUGAGGAGUAUGAUCAGACUCUGGACUCAGUUCUGGUCGGACCAGUACCGGCAGGCAGACACAUGUUUGUGUUCCAGGCGGAUGCCCCCAACACCGGGCUGAUUCCUGAGAGUGAUGCUGUGGGGGUAACCGUGGCGCUCAUCACCUGCACCUACAACGGACAGGAGUUCAUCCGUAUCGGUUACUAUGUCAACAAUGAAUACACCGACCCAGAGCUCAGAGAGAACCCACCGGUCAAACCAGACUACACACAGCUGCAGAGGAACAUCCUGGCCUCUAACCCCCGUGUGACCCGGUUCCAUAUCAACUGGGACGGCUGUUCAGACAAGAUGGAGGACAGUGAGAACGUAGACCCCUCCCCCAACAGCAGCAGUAGCAGCAGCAUGGCGCCCUCCUCCUGUUUACCUGGCAAGGCGUUACCUGUAGGACUGAUGUCUGGUAACUCUAUGGACUGUCUGUAGAACACAGACACCCCACCAGCAUUGCCUUGCCACGUUCUACUCCAGCAGCCGCCAGUCUUUGGCAGGAAGGUUGAGUCACUAUUAUAAACCAGCUGUACUGUAGGGUAUACGGUCUCCCUCCUUCACACAGCAACACCUCUCUCUGUCUCCACUGGCCCUGGCACCCUAUUCCCUCCAUAGUGCACUAUCUUUUUAAACAGGGCCCUCUGCUCCAAUGUAGUGCACUAUCACGGAACAGGGUGCCAUGUCAGACUCCUGGUCCAAAACGUCCUGUUUUGUGUCUUCUUGUUUUACAACCCAACUUGACCUGGACUGGUUUCCAUACCAACACCGCUAAAGCUCAGGCCCUGCUUCAGUACUGUAGAAAUGUGUCCCUGUUUCCUUGAGGUGAGCAGGGAACCUGGAAGUGAUUUGUAUCGGUGGCAACAAGGUGACCACACUAUUACUUCCACCUGUCCAACCAAUCCCUGAUCUGGGAUUACUUCCACCUGUCCAACCAAUCCCUGAUCUGGGAUUACUUCCACCUGUCCAACCAAUCCCCGAUCUGGGAUUACUUCCACCUGUCCAACCAAUCCCCGAUCUGGGAUUACUUUCACCUGUCCAACCAAUCCCCGAUCUGGGAUUACUUACACCUGUCCAACCAAUCCCCGAUCUGGGAUUACUUACACCUGUCCAACCAAUCCCCGAUCUGGGAUUACUUCCACCUGUCCAACCAAUCCCCGAUCUGGGAUUACUUCCACCUGUCCAACCAAUCCCCGAUCUGGGAUUACUUCCAGGAAGGUAGGCCUCUAGAGGGAGACUGAGUUGUCUCUAGGAAAAAGCCUAACCCUACAUGGUGACUCCAGGACUGUUCAGGCCUGGCCUCAAUUCCAUUUCAAUUCAGGAAGUACUCUGUAACUCCAAUUCAAAUCAAGGCUUUUCAAUGAAGAAAAAUGUAGAAUUGGAAUCUGUUUUACUUACUGAAUAGAAUUUAAAAGGACUUGAUCCCAAACCUGGUUCUGUGUCCCAAAUGUCAGUCUGUUCCCUACAUAGUGCACUACUUUGACUAGAGUUGUCCGGGGCCAAUAGGGCUGUUGUCAAAGUAGGGUACUAUGUAGGGGAUCGGGUACCAUUUGGGAGGUACAUGCAUUGUUGUUGGGGGAGGGGUUUGUUUAUGUCAGUCAUGUGACUGUUGUGACUUUACUGUAUAUACCUGUGAUUCAUUAGCGCUUAAGAGAUGUCAUGUUUUUUUUGUAUUUUGUUUUGCAUUGUAAUAUUUGUAACAAUGAAAAGUAAUAAUAAUAAACAUGUGUUGUUUUUAAA